AUGUGUGAAUCACGCACUAUAUAUCACCUUUGCGGACAUGCCAAAAUCAAGACCAUCGUGCAGUGCGCUCACAUGGUGGACAAACUAUUAACUUCUAAUUUGCUGAUCACAAGCACCCAUCAAGUCUGCGAGGACAUCGUCAACGACAACCUACACGUAUUUCCUGACAUUUGUGAGAAAUGCAAGGCGACAGGCGUCAUUGGCGACUUUAUGGAGCAACCGGGCGUCAAGCUCGAAUUGGUGAAGGCAUGGGCUCAUGGCAACCGCAAGCAUCCCAGCCCCGAGUUUGAGGCAAGAGUAUCCGCUGGUAACAAUGAGGUCGUCGAGAAACAGAAUGAAUCCGAUGGGAUCAUAGAAUUGCAGACCCACGAAACCAUCUCGCCCAUAGAAAAUGCCAGCAUUUCAACAAGUCUUCCGGAUUCGGCGACCACGAGAAGCCAAGCUUCAAGUUCAACCACGAAUAGGACGGCUCCUGAUCUGGCUCAGAUACAAAUGCGAGUGGUAGCCUUAAGUACCAGGACAGAACGCUUGCUCAGUAAGAUACGUGGCCAGAAACCUCCGGGACUGAGUUAG